CAGGACUCAUUCUGAUCAGGCAUCGUACGGGACACCUCAGGCUAACAGAUACAGCUUUAAGGACCCCACCACCUAGCAUCUGGUCAGUCACGUUAAACUGUUUCCCACUACGGUUAGCGAAGAACCGGAACCACAGAACUGGGUCAGGAUGGCAGAGGUAAAGGUGAAGAAGGAGACGAACCUUUCGGAACCGGCAGAGGUUGAGAACAGAAUCAAAGAGCUGUGUCAGCAGUUUCCUCAGGGAAUCACGGACCAGAUGAUCCAGAACGUUCUGCCUCACCUGGAGCCUCAGCAGAGAGCCAUGGCCAUCAACAAGCUGCUGUCUCUGGGUCAACUGGACCUGAUGAGGAACAGUUCUGGUCUCCUGUACCGACUGAAGGACACUCAGGGAGCCAGUAAGAUGAAAGGUUCUGAUAACCAGGAGAAGCUGGUCUAUCAGAUCAUCGAAGAUGCAGGAAACAAAGGAAUCUGGAGCAGAGACAUCCGCUUCAAGAGCAACCUUCCUCUGACCGAAAUCAACAAGAUCCUGAAGAACCUGGAGAGCAAGAAGCUCAUCAAAGCUGUCAAGUCUGUGGCUGCGUCCAAGAAGAAGGUGUACAUGCUCUACAACCUGCAGCCGGACCGCUCGGUGACGGGCGGCGCCUGGUACAGCGACCAGGACUUUGAGUCUGAGUUCGUGGAGGUUCUGAACCAGCAGUGCUUCAAGUUCCUGCAGAGUAAGGCGGAGGCGGCGAGGGACGGGAAGCAGAGCCCCAUGGUGCAGAGGAACAGCUCCUUGGCCACGUCCCACGAGGUGUGGAAGUACAUCUGUGAGCUGGGAAUCAGCAAGGUGGACCUGUCCAUGGACGACAUCGAGACCAUCCUGAACACCCUGAUCUACGACGGGAAGGCGGAGAUGACGGUGAUCGCCGCUAAGGAGGGGACGGUGGGCAGCGUGGACGGACAGGUGAAGCUCUACCGGGGGGUCAACGCCAUCCUGCAGCCCACCGGCCUCGUCAAGACGCCCUGUGGCCUCUGCCCGGUGUUCCACGACUGCCACGAAGGAGGAGAGAUCUCGCCGUCCAGCUGCGUCUACAUGAACGAGUGGCUGGACUUCUGAGGUCCGGUUCGGUCCGGCCCGGUUCUGCCCGGCGGGGCCGCAGCUCCAGCCUCUGGCCCGGGUCACAGCUGGGAUGGCUGCAGGUUCUGGUUCCACUCAGACCUGCUGAGGGUUCUGCAGGGUUCUGGGGUUCCUGAUGCGGAGCGUCAGCAGGAGCGUUCCUGAUGGGAUGCGCGGAUCGAUGCGGGUCCAUCAGCGCUGGUUCCGGCCGUAAUGGACCGCGUGCUGACGGUCAGCGGAUCGUCUUACACAACAUCAUGUUUCUGUAUCGACCCGACAGGAAGUGGCUCAUCAGCCGCUUCACUCAGGAGGAAAACAAACAGGGAGAACCCGUCUGAAGGACCCGGCUCAGCAGAACCGGUCUCAACUGGAUCUUCAGGUUCUGAUUAUUUGUUCUGGAAGCUGCCGGAUGGACCAGAACCAGGAUUUUAGUUUCUCUGCAUCAGUGAAUAAGUUCGGUGAAGCUGGCAGUUCUGUUGGGUUCUAGGAGCUGCUCAGUUUGGUUCUGUUUAAAGACUGAAAUCACUCAGGCGGUCCAGUUUUAUCAGAACCGAUUACUUUGACUGAAGAUGAAAACGUUACUAUUAAAAACUGAUUUAAACUCAA